AUGUUGUGUGCCCUCCCUUGCAGCGAACCUAGAAGCUCGCACGAGUCGGAAGUGAUUGGUUGGAAAAGCCCCAAGAUUGGCCACGCCGCCGCUAACGACGGCUCCGUCGGUCGGCUCACGGCAAGCUCCAAUGCCGAUGGUCAGCGAUCUGUCGACAGAGGCAAGGGCAAGAAAAAGAAGAAGAGUAAGAAGAGCGUCACGCGCACGCCACCUUCCAGCGUCAGUGGCGAACGGCGAAAAACCGUGUUGGUCGAGCCGCCCGCGACCCGUGGGUGGAAACGAACUGCGUCCGGCGACGCGAACGCUACUGCGGAUACUGGCGGACACCGGGUCGGCUACGGACGAAAGGGGUCGACUCCCCGAGAGACAAAGCCGCCUUCGAGAACGGGCGCCGUCACCCGCGAAGCCGCGUCGGCCGCCGCGAAGUCCGCCAGCACUGGAUUGGAUCCCGCAAGGUUGGAAUACCCCGCCAUGAUCCCCUUUCUCCGAAGCGAGGGUUGGAAAUGCGCGGACGGGAAGGGCUUUCACACGUGGUUCUUCGUUGUCCCGGCUAAAGAAACCCAUGACGGCAAAAAGAGGGUGGACUACCUGGUUUCCGAGGAGGAGGUGGUUCGGUACGUGCUCAGGAACAAGGGGGCGGAGUUGAGAGUGCGGCGGAAGGUACCCCACGUGUGCGAGGUGACACUGAGGGCAAAGACGGGCACCACUCUGGUGGCCAUAGCAGUGUCGGUGGCAGGAGGUCACGAGGAGUCCGUGGUUCGCAUGGAGGAGCAGCUGGGCUUGGCAACAGCAAGACCAGGAGGGACUCGCUUGCUGUCUCUAGGGCCGUCACUAGCGCCGCUUCUUCCAAAGAGUUUCGCGCCCGUUUCGGAUCCCUCCAACGACAACGAGUGGCAUGGGGUUCACGCAGACAGUAGGCAUGACUCUCGUAAGAAGGUCACUGCCGGCUCUCGUACGAAGACUGGGUUUUGCUCCAGUGAUGCAACGAACGCUGCGUUGUCGGCCACUUUCGGAUUCAACAACACUGGCCGUGCCGCCUCUCUGCGGGAUUUCAGUCGCGGGGUAGGGCACCAACUCGCCCAAGCUGGCGGGCACCUGGGUACGGGAAGUCGGGCUGGUACCUUUGGUACGGGAAGCCGACCAGGAACCUUCGCAGGCGGUGCGCAGCGGCAAAAAGGGUGGCAGGCGGACCGAGGUCGGCCCCAGGUAACGGUCGAAAAGGCACUGAGUUGGCUGGAGAUCUGGCCGAAACUCCGACGGGAAGGGUGGCACUGGGACUACGGCGAGCAGGCGGACCCAUCUUGCGUCUACCUCAAACCUGGUGUUUCCAAGGACGAUGCGACUCUGGGCGUGGACAUGUUCGACUCGAAGCACGCGGUCAUCGCCCACGUGCUCAAGCACGCGACGAGCUCACCAACUCCCCACACUGCCGAGCAUACCGUGGUUGGCGACAGCGAUGGUGACGAGAACAUCGACGUCGUCGACGGCGAGCUUUCCUCGAACGCAUGGCUGGCGGCCGCCGCCACAGGAAAAGGCGAAGGUAACUCCGCCAAACCGGGCGCUGGCCGUGCAGUGAGGGUACCAGAGAAGAAGCGUGGGGUAGCCGUCUUCGACAGGCAUUACCAAGGGGACCUCCCUUUCCCUGCUGUAAAGCGAGGGCGGGUCGAGCCGUCCCGAGGGGUGGAAGGCGGGAAGGCAGCAGCAGGGAGCGGAGACGAAAUAGAGGUGGCAGCGUCGUUGGUGAUGGAGAUGCUGAGGGGUGAGAUGGAGGAGUCUGUUUCGAGUCGAUCCGUCGAGUCGGCCACGCAGCAGCUUGAUGCUGAGGGCGGUUCACGGGGGGAUAAGCUGACGGCACACUGCUGUGAACAGCUGCUGGCUCUCUCGGAGAGCGGAAGUGGUACCGCUGUUGGCGGUUCCGAUGUUGCUUCUGCUUCAAAUCAUUGCGAAGGCGGUGACGUCGUCACCGGCAAGGGAUCCGUGGAUCGCUUCGCGGAGAACGGAGGCACUGGAAGCAGUGACAGCGCUAACGUCGACGUGGUCGAAAACGAUGCUGUCCCGCUGAAUCAUCUGCUCCCGAUUUCGCGUGGAAGUUCGGGGAGCGCGAACGCAGACGAUGACCUUGGAGCGACGCUUUCAUCCAGCCCUCCGCGUGAAGGUCCUCUCACCGGCGUUGGGGUCAUCCUUGCGGGCCUUGGACAACAGUCGCGGCAGCAAAUGGAGGCGAAGAUCCGCAACCUGGGGGCUGAAGUGGUUGACAUCCUCGGCAAAAGUGACGGGUGGAGGAGCUGGCUCUUGCGUGAGAGUACACGGGCCGUCGUCAACAGUGGAGCUACUGCGGGACCUUCUUCUGCCAGGCAUGAUUGCGGUAGCGGUGAUUGCAACGGCGACCCUUGUGCGACAGCGAAUUCAGAUGCGAGCACGCCCGAAUCGACGAGCCGCACACAGCCACAGAUGAGGAUAAUCGCGGUGGCAGCGCCCGGCAGUGAUCGCACCCCCGAGUUCCAUUUUGCUGUGGCGGCGGGAAUGCCGAUCGUCCAUCCGUCAUACGUGGAAGCCUGCUCCGGCAUGGAGAUCGAAGUCGAGACUGGCCGAUAUCUCCUGCCGUUAGGGCGCUCAGGGUUGGGUAACCGACCGCUGAUUAUGCCUUUCCGCUCCAGCAGAGGACGGCCGUUCCAAGACCAACUCGUGAUUUUGUGUGUAGACAAUCCGACGGUCGACCAGGCGGCCUUGGAGAACUGGCUGUUCAUCCUGAAAGUCGGGGGCGCCACGGUGCGAGUCUUGGACGUGGGCGGCGAAGGUGGCUGUGCGGGGGGGAACGCCGACGGUGUCGAACAUAGCCGAUGCACCCACGAUGCCGCACUGCAGCUUCUGCAGGAGGGGCGAGUGUACUGCGUCAUCGGUUCCGAGAGCACCGCUGUUCGCUACUCAGCGGCGAGGUCUGAGAUUCAGAAGGCCGCUGUAGAGGCAGGCACUCUCACGGGCAGCCUCGAGUGGGCGCUGCAGUGCAUGGCCCACGGUCGUCUUCUCCUCCCGAGCGCCGCGACGUGCCCCUGGUUCCCGUUGAAUGCCUCUGGGGUCUCGGUUGUGGAUGGGCACGUACAGGGAAGCGGCGUUAAUGCAGUCAUCCGGGUUACCGACGAGCCCGUGUGUUUAUUCUACGUGCAUUGUUAUGGCGGGAGGAGGUACGUCGCUGGUGACUAUGUCAUUAUCGAAACGGACGGAAACGCCUCUGACAUCACGUACGGGACUGGGGCGGAGACGAGCGCUAGGACAACCGGAGUGGUUAAGGCUAUUGAUGCUACCGAAAUCGGCCUUUCCGCGGUGGCCCGCGUCAUUUCCUUUCGGAGGGAGGGUAAAAAAAAGGUGAAGGUGGAGGUGGCCAUGCUGGGCCAGGGUGAGGGCCCCAUGCUGCACCAGGUUGAGGACUCCAAUGCUUCAAACGCUGCCGGUGCAAGGGAACAAGAGGUGGGGGAAGACAGGCUGGGUGCUCGAGUUCUCGUACUGACGAAGCGGGAAAUGGAGGCCACGCAGCUCCACGCUUUGAACGACGGUGCCAUAUAUUGUCUAAAGGACUAGCGAUGGGGGAAGUGAUGGGACUAACAAA